AUGGUCAGCAUGCUCAGGACAGCCCUGCUUGGGAUUCUCUUCUUUACCACCGCGCAGGCUCAGUUCCAGUUCUUCGAGCAAAUGUUUGGCGGUGGCCAACAGCAUCACGAAUCAUCAGGCCAAGGCGGCAAUGUACCAAGUGAUAGCGCAUGGUAUCAGAAUGCCUACAGCGGAGCUCAAUGCUCGAAUUAUCUGUGCCCUGGCACUCUAGCCUGCGUUGCCGUUCCACAUCACUGCCCUUGCGCACACCCUAGGGUCGAGGAGAAGUUUGAAUUUGGGGAAGGAAGCGCCAUAUGUGCCUCGAAAGGCGGCUUCAAGGCCGGCGAGACAGCUCGGAAGAUAGAGCUCGCGCGAAAAGGGCUACUAUGA